AUGGCCGUCCUCCUGCGGACGCUGCUGCCGCUGGCCACUUUAUGUCUGCUGCUAAGAGGCGAGCCGCUGCUGCUGUACGCCAACCGCCGGGACCUGCGCCUGGUGGACGCGGGGCGCGAGCGCGCCAACGCCAGCGUGGUGGUGGGCGGCCUGGAGGACGCGGCGGCGGUGGACUACGUCUUCUCGCGGGGGCUGGUCUACUGGAGCGACGUGAGCGAGGAGGCCAUCAAGCGGGCGUCCCUGGCGCCGGGGGGCGGCGCGACCGACGCGCGCACGGUGGUGCCCGGGCUGGCCUCGCCCGACGGCCUGGCCUGCGACUGGCUGGCCGCCAAACUCUACUGGACCGACUCGGACACCAAUCGCAUCGAGGUGUCGGAGCUGGACGGGACCUUGCGCAAGGUUCUCUUCUGGCAGGAGCUGGACCAACCCAGAGCCAUCGCCUUGGACCCCGCUCGAGGCUUCAUGUACUGGACGGACUGGGGCGAGAUCCCCAAGAUCGAGCGGGCGGGGAUGGACGGCACCAAUCGCUCCAUCAUUGUGGACCGCGACAUCUACUGGCCCAACGGACUCACGCUGGACUACGAGCAGCGAAAGCUCUACUGGGCCGACGCCAAGCACAACUUUAUUCACCGCUGCCACCUGGACGGCACCGACAGGGAGGUGGUGGUGAAAGGCGAGCUGCCUCACCCGUUCGCCCUCACCCUCUUCGAAGACACGCUUUUCUGGACCGACUGGAACACGCACUCCAUCCACUCGUGCGCCAAGCGCGACGGCGCCGACCAGCGCGUGGUCCACUCGGACAUCUUCUCGCCCAUGGACAUCCACGUCUUCAGUGCCAAGAGACAAACUCCCGUGAGCACGCCGUGCUCGCUGGACAACGGCGGCUGCUCCCACCUGUGCCUGCUGUCCCCGGACGAGCCCUUCUACCGCUGCGCCUGUCCCACCGGCGUGCAGCUGCUGCGCGACGACAAGACCUGCCGAGACGGCGCCACGCGAAUGUUGCUGCUGGCCCGGCGGACGGACCUGCGUCGCAUCUCGCUGGACACGCCCGACUUCACCGACAUCAUCCUGCAGGCGGACGACAUCCGCCACGCCAUCGCCAUCGACUACGACCCGGUGGAGGGCUACAUCUACUGGACGGACGACGACGUGCGGGCCAUCCGCCGCUCCCUGCCCGACGGCUCCGACGCCCGCUUCGUGGUCACGUCGCAGGUCAACCACCCGGACGGCAUCGCCGUGGACUGGAUCGCCCGCAACCUCUACUGGACCGACACGGGCACCGACCGCAUCGAAGUCACCCGCCUCAACGGCACCAUGCGCAAGAUCCUGGUCUCGGAAGACCUGGACGAGCCCCGGGCCAUCGUCCUGGACCCCGUGGCCGGGUACAUGUACUGGACGGACUGGGGCCAGGUGCCCAAGAUCGAACGCGCCGACCUGGACGGAACGGAGCGGGUGGUGAUGGUCAACACGUCGCUGGGGUGGCCCAACGGCCUGGCGCUGGACUACGACGAGCGCAAGAUUUACUGGGGCGACGCCAAGACCGACGUGAUUGAGGUGAUGAACAUGGACGGGACUUUGCGGCGCGUGCUGGUGGAGGACAAGCUGCCUCACAUUUUCGGCUUCACGCUGCUGGGCGACUACAUCUACUGGACGGACUGGCAGCGGCGCAGCAUCGAGCGCGUUCACAAGCACACGGCCGAGCGCGAGAUCAUCAUCGACCAGCUGCCCGACCUGAUGGGCCUCAAGGCCACCUACGUGCAUCGGGCGGCGGGCAGCAACGCGUGCGCGGAGAACAACGGCGGCUGCAGCCACCUGUGCCUGUUCAAGCCGCGGGGGCCGCAGUGCGGCUGCCCCAUCGGCCUGGAGCUGAUCGCCGACAUGCGCACGUGCAUCGUGCCCGAGGCCUUCCUGCUCUUCUCGCGCCACACCGACAUCCGCCGCAUCUCCCUGGAGACCAACAACAACAACGUGGCCAUUCCGCUCACCGGCGUCAAGGAGGCCUCCGCCCUGGACUUUGACGUCACCGACAACAGGAUCUACUGGACCGACAUCACGCUCAAGACCAUCAGCCGAGCGUUCAUGAACGGCAGCGCCCUGGAGCACGUGGUGGAGUUCGGCCUGGACUACCCCGAAGGAAUGGCGGUGGACUGGCUGGGGAAGAACCUGUACUGGGCCGACACGGGCACCAACCGCAUCGAGGUGGCCAAGCUGGACGGCCAGCACCGGCAGGUCCUGGUCUGGAAGGAUUUGGACAGCCCGCGCGCUCUGGCCCUGGACCCGGCCGAAGGCUACAUGUACUGGACCGAGUGGGGGGGCAAGCCCAAGAUCGACCGGGCGGCCAUGGACGGGAGCGGUCGCGUGACCCUGGUGGCCGACGUGGGCCGGGCCAACGGACUCACCAUCGACUACGCCGAGCGCCGCCUGUACUGGACCGACCUGGACACCACGCUCAUCGAGUCCUCCGACAUGCUGGGUCUAGAUCGAGAGGUGAUCGCCGACGACCUCCCCCACCCGUUCGGCCUGACGCAGUACCAGGACUAUAUCUACUGGACGGACUGGAGCCAGCGCAGCAUCGAGCGGGCCAACAAGAGCAGCGGGCAGAACCGCACCGUCAUCCAGGGCCACCUGGACUACGUGAUGGACAUCCUGGUCUUCCACUCGUCCCGGCAGGGCGGCUGGAACGCCUGCGCCUCCACCAACGGCCACUGCUCGCACCUGUGCCUGGCCGUGCCGGUGGGCGGCUUUGUCUGCGGCUGCCCCGCCCACUUUUCCCUCAACUACGACAACAAGACCUGCGACGCGCCCACGUCCUUCCUGCUCUUCAGCCAGAAGACGGCCAUCAACCGCAUGGUGAUGGACGAGCAGCAGAGUCCCGACAUCAUCCUGCCCAUCCACAACCUCAGGAACGUCCGCGCCAUCGACUACGACCCGCUGGACAAGCAGCUCUACUGGAUGGACUCCAAGCAGAACGUCGUCCGCCGCGCGCAGGAGGACGGCAAUCAGAGCGCGACGGUGGUGUCGGGCUCGCAGCUCUACGACCUGAGCAUCGACAUCUACAGCCGCUUCAUCUACUGGACCAGCGAGCUCACCAACGUCAUCAACGUCACGCGCACCGACGGCGGGCGCGUGGGCGUGGUGCUGAGGGGACCUCACGACAAGCCGCGCGCCAUCGUGGUCAACCCCGAGAGAGGGUACAUGUACUUCACCAACAUGCUGGAGCGCUCGCCCACCAUCGAGCGCGCGGCACUGGACGGCACGGAGCGCGAGGUCCUCUUCUUCAGCGGACUGGGCAAACCGGCGGCGCUGGCCGUGGACAACGAACUGGCCAAGCUCUUCUGGGUGGACUCGGACCUGCGCCGCAUCGAGAGCAGCGACCUCUCAGGUAGUGGCGCAGGCUGCCACCUCAGUUCCACACCCGUUUUUUUGCCCGAUUUUCCCGACCGGCGUGUUUUUGUGGCCUCCCCGCCCUCUCCCGCAGGCGCCAAUCGCGUGGUGAUCGCCGACUCCAACAUCCUGCAGCCGGUGGGCCUGACGGUGUUCGGCAAGCACCUGUACUGGAUCGACAAGCAGCAGCAGAUGAUCGAGCGCGUGGACAAGACCACGCGCGAGGGCCGCACCAAAAUCCAGGCCCGCGUCGCCUACCUCAGCGACAUCCACGCCGUGCACGAGCUGGACAUGAGGGAGUACGGUAAGCACCCGUGCACGUGGAACAACGGCGGCUGCUCCCACAUCUGCAUCGUGAAGGGCGACGGCACCACGCGCUGUUCCUGUCCGGUCCACUUGGUGCUGCUGCAGGACGAGCUCUCCUGCGGAGAACCCCCGACGUGCUCGCCGGAGCAGUUCUCGUGCCGUUCCGGAGAGGUGGACUGCAUCCCGCAGUCGUGGCGCUGCGACGGUUACGUGGAGUGCGAAGACAUCAGCGACGAGGCCGACUGUCCCGUCUGCUCGGAGAGCGAGUUCCAGUGCGACAGUCGCCAGUGCAUCGACCUGGCCCUCUGGUGCAACGGCGAGGUCAACUGCCAAGAUCGCUCCGACGAGAACGACAAGUGCGCCGAGCGCUGCCCGCCCGAUCACUUCAUGUGCGCCAACCGCCAGUGCGUGGCCAAGCAUAAAAAGUGCGACAACAACAUGGACUGCGCGGACAACUCGGACGAGACGGGCUGCUACCCGACGGAGGAGCCGCCCCCGCCCAACAACACCAUCGGCUCGGUCGUGGGCGUGGUGAUGGCCCUCUUCCUGGUGGGCGCCGUCUACUUCGUGUGCCAGCGCGUCCUGUGCCCUCAGAUGAAGGACGACGGCGAGACGGUCGCCAACGACUUUGCGGCGCACGGGCCCUCCUUGGUGCCGCUGGGCUACGUGCCGCACGCCGCCUCCCUCUCCGGCUCGCUGCCAGUCACGUCCGGGGGCAAGUCGGCCAUCGGCUCGCUCAGCAUCAUGGGCGGCAGCAGCGGGCCGCCGUACGACCGCGCCCACAUCACCGGGGCCUCGUCCAGCAGCUCGUCCAGCACCAAGGGCGCCUACUUCCCGCCGAUCCUGAACCCGCCUCCGUCUCCCGCCACCGUCCGCUCGCAGUACACCGUGGAGUUCGGCUACUCGUCCAACAGCCCGUCCACGCACCGGUCCUACAGCUACCGGGCCUACACUUACCGGCACUUCGCGCCCCCCACCACGCCGUGCAGCACGGACGUGUGCGACAGCGACUACACCCCGGGGCGGCGCGCGCCGCCCAAGUCGGGCGGAGGCCGCGCGGCGGGGCCGGCGGCCGGCGCCAAAGGUUACGCCAGCGACCUCAACUACGACUCGGAGCCUUUCCCGCCGCCGCCGACGCCGCGCAGCCAGUACCUGUCGGCCGAGGAGAACUGCGAGAGCUGCCCGCCCUCGCCCUACACCGAGCGCAGCUACUCUCACCACCUGUACCCGCCCCCGCCCUCGCCCUGCACGGACUCGUCCUGA